UUGUGCGUCGCUCGAGUGACGCAGAGCGGCGCCUUCAUUGUGUCUGGCUGAAUUGCGAGCUGGCGAUGCUUAAAAUUGAUUUUUCAGAUAUUUUAAUAGUUUAAUCUGUGAAUGGCGCCAAAACAGGACCCUAAGCCUAAAUUUCAAGAAGGUGAACGUGUUCUCUGUUUUCAUGGGCCAUUGCUCUAUGAAGCUAAGUGUGUAAAGGUUAAUAUAAAGGAAAAGCAAGUGAAGUACUUCAUACAUUACAGCGGAUGGAAUAAGAACUGGGAUGAAUGGGUUCCUGAGAGCAGAGUGCUCAAAUAUGUGGAUACCAACCUGCAGAAACAAAAGGAGCUUCAAAAGGCUAAUCAUUUUUUUCUGAUUUUGUCCCAAAGGGAUCAAUAUGCAGAGGGAAAGAUGAGGGGUGCAGCACCUGGCAAGAAAAUUGCUGCUGUGCAGCAGAAAAAUGUUGAGUUGAAAACAAAAAAGAACAAGCAGAAAACUCCUGGGCCAGGUGAGGGGACCAGCACGUCUGAAAUGCCGCAGCCCCCCAGGAAGAAACGGGCACGCGUUGAUCCCACAGUGGAAAGUGAGGAAACAUUUAUGAACAGAGUGGAGGUGAAAGUAAAGAUCCCAGAAGAGUUGAAGCCGUGGCUUGUGGAUGACUGGGACUUGAUUACAAGACAAAAGCAGCUGUUUCAUCUACCUGCCAAAAAGAAUGUCGAUACUGUCUUAGAAGACUAUGCAAAUUACAAAAAAUCAAGAGGCAACUCUGAUAACAAGGAGUUUGCUGUUAAUGAAGUGGUUGCUGGAAUCCGGGAAUACUUUAAUGUAAUGCUGGGCACACAGUUACUGUACAAAUUUGAGAGGCCACAGUACGCAGAGAUACUGGCAGAUCACCCAGACGCGCCCAUGUCACAGAUCUAUGGAGCACCACAUCUUCUAAGACUUUUUGUUCGAAUUGGUGCCAUGUUGGCCUACACGCCUCUUGACGAGAAGAGCCUGGCACUGCUGCUGAAUUACUUGCAAGAUUUCUUAAAAUAUUUAGUAAAGAACGCCUCCACCCUGUUCAGUGCCAGCGAUUAUGAAGUGGCACCACCAGAAUAUCAUCGGAAAGCUGUGUGAGCUUGCCACCCAGCAUUGUGCCACGCUGGAAGAACAGACGCAUGGAAUCAGAACUGUAUGCGCUGUCAUGUGGUUUCCAGAGAAUACACAACGGCUUCAAUCUCAAAAGACUUUUGAAAAGACUGUCAAAGAUUGAUUGGUUUAUUGGAUGGGCUUUUUGCCUUGAAGGAUUAUUGAAGGGUAGGGGUUGGGAGAUUGCUGAAGGUAAGCCCGAGUGGUUUUUCAACAUGCUGAGUUUCUUACUGUGCACCCACAGUGUGAUCAGUGUUGAGACUGGGACUGAGGGUUGGGAUUCAGGAAGUCUUAAAUGCAAAUGGGCAUUAUGCAUUGGUAUUAGCGGGACAGUCUUACCGGAUAAUAUACCGAAAAUCAUGCCUUUGCAAUUUUCAUGUGAACUGCUGGUUUAAAAUCAGCAGACAUUUUUAUUUUAUUUAUUUUUUUAUUAUGUUGGAAAUUCAGUAUCCUUUCUAGCGUUCGGAAAAGACUUUGCUUUUAAAGCUUUGACAUAACCUUGUAAAAUGUGUCAUGUUUUUUGUAGGACCAGAUAUAAUAUUUGAAGUUCGUUGCAUUUGAUACUGUAUGCAAUACAACAAAAGGUUACAAUGUUGUUGUUCUUCAUUUGGAAGAAAGUUUCAUUGUUUUUCUCUCAUUCAUAUAUAAACAAACAAACAAUUGAGGUGUUUAUA